AUGUCCACCAACCCCAGCACCCGCCUCGCUGACCUCCGCACCCAAAUCCACACCCUCACCACGCAGCACGAGACCCUCGAAAGCGAGCACCUCUUGCUCUGCUCCUACAUCUACACCGGCGGCACCCUUGGCACCUUCUUUAGCUACGCCGUCAGCGCCGAGAAACAGAUCUCGGACCUUAAAGAGUGGGAGGGCAUCCAGGCGAAGAAGAGACAGCUUGUCAAGAGGAUGGAGAAUAUCGUUGCGGUGCGUGAGGAGCUGAAGGAGAGGGAGAAGGAGGUGUUGGGGUUGGCGUUGUAA